UGGUGUGUGUAACCGAACGGAUUAUCGAUCAACAAAACCACAGCGUGUUUAAUCACGUUCGUGUUUAAUCGCAACGUCAUUUACGCUUUUGACACAAGUAUUAUUACGAGACACAAUCCAAUGUCUCGAAGUGCUUGCGGAUGUAAGAGACGAUCUUUGCACCCGGUCAGAUGACGUAGGAAUGCACUGGUUACAAAACAUAUAUACAUAGGCAAACAAGACGGCAGAAUCCUAAUGUCAUGUCAUAGAAGACGCAUAGAAGAUAAUUCGUCUUUGACUUCGUUUGAUCUGAAUGUAACAGCCAAUGGAUCCUGGUCCAGGUGCAGCUCCCAUCCAGAACGACUGUGAGACAGAAUUGGAGACUAAAACAAACAGGUCAAGUUCACUGUGGAGCUGGUGGCCCUCCUGGCGUCCGACCUCCAUGUCCCUGUUGAAGACUACAGAGUCUAAGAUUCUUGCCUGUAUUAAGAAGGAUUUAUGGGCCAGGUUUGUGACCCUCGCCAACCAGGACCGCAUAUGGACUCUGUCUCUUACCAACAAGGGGACUCCCAAAUCUGCAGAACAAGCACCUAAAACUCCCCUGGUGAUGGUUCAUGGUUUUGGAGGAGGGGUAGGGCUGUGGAUCAGGAACUUGGACGCCCUGAGCCGCUCGCGGACCGUCUACGCCUUUGACCUUUUGGGCUUUGGCAGGAGUUCGAGGCCUAGCUUCCCUUCAGAUGCUGCCAAGGCAGAGGAGCAGUUUGUGGACUCCAUUGAGCAGUGGAGGCAGGCUGUUGGUCUGGAGAACAUGAUCCUGCUGGGGCACAGUUUGGGGGGCUACCUGGCUACCUCAUACGCAAUUCAGCACCCUUCCAGAGUGUCGCACCUUAUCUUGGUGGACCCCUGGGGUUUCCCUGAGCGAACCAAACCAGAGACCCAGCAGAGCGAGGAUCAGGGCGCUGAGGCGGUGAAGAGGCCCACCAUUCCCAGAUGGGCAAGAGCCAUCGUCUCGAUUCUUUCUCUCUUCAACCCGCUGGCUGUUAUUAGAGCUGCAGGCCCAUGGGGCCCAGGCUUGGUGAACAGGUUCCGCCCCGAUUUCAAAAGGAAGUUCGAGGAUCUCUUUGAUGACGACACAAUGACGCAGUACAUUUACCACUGUAACGCACAGACUCCGAGUGGGGAGGUAGGUUUCCGGGCCAUGUCAGAAACGCUAGGCUGGGCUAAGAGACCAAUGCUGCAGCGAGUACAUCUUCUGCCGACCUCCAUGCCCGUCACCAUGCUGUAUGGAGCUAGAUCCUGGGUGGACAGCUCAUCUGGGGACAGAGCAGCCGAGAUCAGGGGAAAAGCCCACACCAAAGUGCUGCUGGUAGACGACGCCUCACACCACGUCUACGCUGAUCAGCCAGACGACUUCAACAAAGUGGUAGAAAACAUUUGUAAAUCUGUAGACUGAUGGCAUGUGUGUGUCUGCAAAAGACCGGAGGUUCUGCGUUGCAUCUGCACAAGUCGCCGAGGAGGACUCGGCCCCGGAGCCUGUGCAUGCGAAGCACUCUUGAGUUGUUCUGUUUUGAGGCAUUUGAAUGAAUCUGAAUGUAAUUCUGCUGUCUUUCUUUCUUUUUUAUUUAUUCCCGUAAAUAGUUCUUUUGCUCAUACUUGAUGGCUGGUUUAUUUAGUACGAUCACAUUAGUAUGUAUUACGUGAUUUACUCGUUACCGUCUUCAAACAGAACAUUAACCAAACGUCUAAAGAUGUUUAUUGAGUUGAUUAUUUGGUUAACGCAGUACAUCCAGAGGCGCCUCUUAGAAUGCUCGUGUUUUAUUGUUUUCUGAGCUGCCAGAUGGCAACUGAUUCAUAAUUUAUUAUGUGCCUGACAAGGUGUUCUUACCUUGCCUUCAGUGUGUCUUAUUUCCUUUUUACAUAAUCGCACAGCUGUAAUUUAUAAACUAAAAACAUAUAUAUAUAUAUAUAUAUAUAUAUAUAUAUAUAUAUAUAUAUAUAUAUAUAUAUGUAAAAGUUUCCCAAACCAGCAAUCAGUGGUGUACUACAUUACCUUUCCACUAGAGGUCAGCACCCAAUGUUUACGUAACAUUCCGGCUCAAUAUGAGUGAAAUCAUACAAGAAAUUUCUCCCCACAUUUGCAAUAUUUACAUAUUUAUUACUGUUUUGGGCCUAAACUUUAAUCACAUGGUGACCGGUGAAUAUUUGAGCAAUAAAGUUCUACAGUGAAUCUCACUUUUAUGGAAGAGUGGCAAGAAUUUGUCAAAAAAAAAAAAAAAAAAGCUAUAAUGCAACGGUUUAGAUCAACGCAUGUCCAUGUGUGAGAAGGGCUCAGUCAAAGCCUAGACUUAAAUUCAAUUGAGAAUUGUAGGCAAGAGGUAAAAUCUGAUGACCUCAUAUUAGACACAAAGUUUGUAGACUCUAUUCGUGAGGUGAAAAACAAAUGAUUUUUUUUUUUUUAAAAAGCAUGAAAAUGUAGUGUUUUAUUAUUAAAUUCUGUUCAGAUUCAUAACACACUAAAUCAAUUAUUGAACAUUAAUAAAAGUAAAACUUUGUUUUAUAGAAUCUUCGAUGCAACAAUCAAACUCACUUAAACUUUAAGUGAAAUUUCUUCCAUUCGCAAUCUAUUUCUAAAAGGUUUAGUCUGUCAAAGUAAGAUCUUUGACAUAUUUGUGUGCAUUUUCCCCAUUCCUCCAUUAGGUUCUACUUUUCACUCGGACUGAAUCAAGGUUCAUCAUAAAGAACUGUUCGAAUAUCGAUGUCUUGUUCUGUGAUGUAGCUGCACACGAAAAUUGGCCUCGUUUUGUUUCGUAAAACCAAAAUACACACAGACGUCGAUUUUUUUAUAUAUUUUGUAAAAAAUAAAAUAAGAGUCUGUUUUUCA